GACUUACACUUUACAGGUAACUUGGGAGAGUCUGCGAGAGUCAGCAGGCUACCAAUCUGGCAACACUGUCCUCUUUUAUGUUACUCUAGUUGUAGUUUCUAGGCCUUAUAUUUCUGCAAACGUGGCACGGUGAACUUUAAGGAAUUUUAUCAUUUGGUCUAUCGGAGGAAAUGUUUUCUCAAUGUUAUUGUGACUUGUGAGAAUCAUGUGAUGAAAAGGAUUCGACUUACAUACGUUUCCCGAAGAGAGUCAAAGGUAUAUAAUACCAUUGUAGGGGUAUAAUUGAACCAAGAAAAACAAUUCAAAGUUGUUAUCAGAAGAUUGGAAAUUUUCGCGGUUGCGAUAAUUGAAAGAAUUGCAUUUCAGAAUGGCUGGUGUAUCGCUUGACGCUGUUAACCAAUACAUUGACGAGCACAUGAGCAAUUUCAAAGAAGGUCUUCGAAAUGCAGUUGCUAUUAAAAGCGUAUCGUCUAAUAGAGACCAUCGAGGAGACGUCAUCCGAAUGAUGGAAACGGCUGCAUCGAGAAUGGAAAACAGUUUAGGAAUGUCAGUUGAACUAAGAGAUCUUGGCCUUGACCCAAAUUAUCCCGAUGGUGAUGUUCAACUUCCACCGGUGAUUCUUGCUUCACUUGGAAAUGACCCGAACAAGAAAACCCUGUGCAUUUAUGGUCAUCUUGACGUUCAACCGGCAGAAAUGUCAGAUGGCUGGAAUCAUCCUCCUUUUGAAUUGACAAUUGUUGAUGACGAAAUGUUUGGUCGCGGAUCGACUGACGACAAGGGACCUGUCCUUGGAUGGUUGAAUUCAAUCGAAGCUUUCCAGCAAACAAACACCAGUAUUCCUUUAAAUUUGAAGUUUGUGCUUGAAGGUAUGGAGGAAAGUGGAAGUGUUGGUUUGGCAGAUCUUAUCAAGGAGGAAAAAGAUCUAUUUUUCAAGGAUGUUGAUUUCAUUGCUAUAUCCGACAACUAUUGGCUUGGUACUUCAAAACCUUGUUUGACUUAUGGUCUUCGAGGUAUCAUCUAUUUCCAUGUCAAAGUGAAUUGUGCCGACAAAGAUUUACAUUCUGGAAGCCAUGGUGGACCUGUGUAUGAAGCAAUGUCGGAUGUGGUUGCAUUGCUGUCCACGUUAACUGACGAAAAGGGAAAAAUAUUGAUACCAGGUGUUAAUGAUUCCGUUCGUGAAUUGACUCCUGAAGAGGAAGCUCUCUAUGACGAUUUGGAUUUUGACAUGAAUGUCUACCGUGAGCAACUCGGUGCACACGAGCUGACAACUUCUAACGAGAAAAAUACACUCAUGAGACGUUGGAGAUAUCCAUCUUUAUCCAUUCAUGGAUUUGAAGGUGCGUUUUCUGGCCCUGGUGACAAAACCGUCAUUCCAUAUGAGGUGAUAGGAAAGUUCUCAAUUCGCCUUGUACCUGAUCAAGAUCCUGAAGUGAUUGGACAGUUAGUUAUCGAUCAUCUUAACUAUGUUCACAGACAAAGAGGAAGUCCAAAUAUUAUGACUCCGACUUACUCCAACGGGGCUUCACGUGCUUGGCUCGGAGAUUUCGAGAACCCAGUGUUUGAAGCUGGAAAGUUGGCCACCUUAGAUGUACAUAGCGUGGAGCCUGACUGCAUUCGUGAAGGAGGCAGUCUACCACUCGUUUUGACGCUUACUGAGACCACUGGCAAGGAUUGUGUGUUUUUACCAAUGGGAAGGUCUGAUGAUUGUGCGCAUUCCCAGAACGAAAAGUUGAACAUUACAAAUUUGCAAGCUGGUGUAAGUUUGAUGUGUGAAGAUGAAGCUGUUUGCUGCCUAUAUCAAUCAUCUUGGUGCGUUGACUAGUGGUGCAGGAAAGCCAGAAAGCAUGAUCAAAUGAAACUGACAUUUGCUGAAUUGUUAAUACAAGCAAGUGAUUAAUUGCUAUUUUUUCAACCAUUGUCUUCAUUAAAUUCUUUGUCAAAGCACAGAUUUCUAGAUAGUGCGAGGCUGCCAGGUAGACGGGCAAAUUGUUGAGGUAAAAUUUAAGAAAUUGCGGGAUUAAGGUUUUGGGGCAAAAAAAAUAUAUUCAUUUAUAAUAAAAAUGCAUAUCAAUGA